CGACAUGCACUCGGUCAGUCUACCAGGAUUGGUGAGGUCAUGUGGGGUCAGAAUUUGGUACCCCCGGGCGCCUGUGAACUUGCCGGGUGGUACUAGUGGAUUAUAUCCAUUAAGGAGUCCUCCGAUUCUCGGCUAUGUGGGCACCAUCAAGGGCGGGAAUCAAAUGUCUGAAUAAUUUUGAAUUUUUGAAUCCUUGGGAAUGGUUAGCGGAAAAGUUUUUACGGGAAUUUGGUACGCCGCCGCCUAGUCAUCACGUCGUUUCCUCUUCCCGGAUCGGGCAGGAGUGGGCCACCCGGCUGGUCAGAUGCUCUGACAGAUGAGAAGCUCUAGAUGAAGGCCGGGCAGACGGGUCAGCUGGAGGUGGAGAAUGCCCAGCUAAUGGCUGAGCUGGAGAGGGAGCGCUCCGACCAGGCUGUUCACGCCACUACUUGGGCUGCGCAGAAACCGGAGAAGUUUGCUGCCUGGGCACUUUCUGACCGGGAGGUCGGCAUCCGGUUCUUCCAAGUGUCUCAGCAACUGAUUGAUGACAUUGGGAUCUUUGAGUUUGGGACCAGUCCGUACCAAAAGCACCGUGGGCUGUACGUGAUCUUAAGCAACCGACUGCAGGAUUUUGACCCAGUCGUUCGAACUCACAAUCUCUUUGGUCACAAUCGAGCUGUAUCUACCCAGUCUAACGCAUCUCACCAUUCUUUCUACCCGAGUAGGAAAUACGCCACCCGGGUGGGUUUUGACAGAGCAUGCCCGGGCUAUGCUUCAAAGUUGAUCAUUUUGAGAGCAAUAUACAACUUUAUGAAGACGAAGGUCCACCAAAAGAUUGGGUAUAUUGAUGGAACCCUAUCAGCUCCUUCCCAAUUCUCGGAUGCAGAGCACAAACAAAUUAAUCCUGCCUACACUCUUUGGUACCGCCAAGACGCUAUUCUUCGUAGUGCCAUCCUUGGCAGUUGUUCGGCAGAGGUUCAGCUGCUGAUUGCACUGGCUUCUACAACGAGUGAUGCCUGGUCCCGUCUGACCACUAAUCUGGCUAAUAUGUCGAAGGGACGCAUUAUUUAUCUCAAGGCCAAAUUGGCAAAGAACCCACGUGGUACACGCUCGACUGAUGCAUUCUUUGCAGAUAUGACCAAAAUUGCUGCAGAUCUUGCUUUGGUCGGUAGCCCUGUUUCCGAUGAUGAUCUCGUUGUGCACAUCAUGACUCAACUCGGGGAUGAUUAUGAUUGUGAAUGCGAGCUCCGGGAUCGGGUGGCUGCGACAGAUGGGUUGAUAGCCACUACCAACAACACUCAACGCCAAUCUCGUGGUGGUUUUUCUCACCAUGGCUCUUUCCACGGUCGUGCUGGAAAUCGUGGUGGUGGUCGUUCCAAUUCACAUGGUUCCACUAGCAAUAAUCGUUCCAAUCGUUAUUGUCGGUUCUGUGAGUAUCCUGGCCAUGACACUCGGUUCUGUCGUAAGCUCCAACAGUUUUUGAAGGACAACAAUUGUUCUUUUGGAGAAAAUUCCUUGUCAGCAGCCACUGCCAAUUUGACGAUUUCCCCUGGUGGCACCAGCAAGGCAACUCCACAAUGGUUGGUUGAUAGCGUCUUCGUCUCUUCCUUUUCUGUCAGUCUCCACGCCCAUACUGGCAGGAGCUUUCCUUUGUCUGCUGCCCCAAGCUCCCACGUCCCUGAGGCUUCGGCCGGCAGUCUCCUGUCUUCCUCGUCGUCCCCGUCUACAGCACCUUCUUCCCAGUCCUCCUCCGCCAUGUCUUCUUCUUCCUCUGUUGUUCGUCCUCCCCGACCACUUCAAGAGAAAAAGUUGAACACCCAUUACUUUAAUGACAAAUUUAUUAAUCAUGUUGCCGUUGCAGAACCUCUUACUUACAUGCAGGCACGGACUGAUCCCAAGUGGAGAGCGGGAAACUAAGAAAGCAGAAUCAUCUAAUGCUGCUGUGGGGAAUCACCAUGGCAAUGUAUGUCAAUAUAAUGGUGGACACUCUCCUUGGUCAUAGAGAAAGCACUACCUUAGGGGUACCAACAUGUAUUUGAUAAAAAGCUGACAGAUGAGCGAUGGAAACACGCCAUACUUGAGACAAGGUUGGAUAGUAUUCGGGAAAUGGUUAACUGAGGACGAGUGGAUGUAUCCCCUAUUGAGGAUAUGGUACGAGAAGCUAGAUUGCGAUGGUUUAGGCAUGUGUGGUAGCGAAGCGCAGAGGCACCAAUACAGAGGUGCGAGUGAUUUACGGUAAUGGGUAGGCCUUGAAGAAAGAGGUGAUUAGAUA